AUGUGCAAAUCGACCCACCGCGGCUCGUCAUCGGCCGUUGAUUUUCUUUUCCUCCCCGCGCCGGCUUUAAUUUCUCCCCUCAAGCGUCGCCGGCUUUCGCCUUCAUCUUUUCCCACUGGUUCUUCUCUUCCGUCCUCUUCCUUUCCUCCCUUCCUGUCCAUUGUUGCAAGAGACUGUGUUGUCUCUUUUUGAUCCAACCUCAAUAUGCCUUGAUUGAUCCUUUAACCAGAGACCAUAACCAGCAGCAUCUCACCCUUAUAAUGGACCCCGCUGUCGUUCGCGAAUUGUCGCGGCUCGACCCCGCGGUGCCCUUUCGCUCCACCACCGAUCAUUUGCAUCACACCUGGGCCAAGACCUUCUUUUCCCGACCGGAGCUCUACCUCCGUCCCCAGUCUCUGGCCGAGAUCCAGAAACUCGUCAACGUCGCCCGUCACUGUCGCCGUCGUCUCGUCACCGUGGGCAGCGGUCACUCCCCCUCCGAUCUGACCUGCACCUCUUCCUGGCUCGUCAACCUCGAUGAUUUCAGUCGCGUGUUGGACGUGUCGCCCGAGACCGGCGUGAUCACGGUGCAAGCUGGUAUCCGCCUGAGAGAUCUAGGGAAACAGUUGGAGAAGCAUGGCCUGACCCUGUCAAACCUUGGCAGUAUCGAUAGUCAGUCAAUUGCGGGGGUCAUCUCGACCGGGACACACGGAAGCUCCUUACAGCAUGGUCUGAUCUCCGAAUGCAUUCUGUCGCUGACGCUGGUGCUGGCCAACGGCCAACUGGUGCGGUGCAGUCCCACGAACAAUUCCGACCUCUUCCGCGCCGCCCUGAUCUCCCUCGGCGCCCUGGGCAUCAUUGUCGAGGUAACCCUGCAAGCCGAGCCCACGUUCAAAGUCGCGUGGCGACAGUCGCGCCGGAAGCUCUCGAGCGUGUUGGCCGAGUGGUCGACUGGGUUGUGGACCACACAUGAGUUCGUCCGGGUUUGGUGGAUGCCGUACGAGAAGAGCGCGGUCGUUUGGCAUGCAGACAAGACCGAUCUACCGCUGCGUCCUCCACCAAAGACGUUCUAUGGGGAGACGAUCGGCUAUCACGUUUAUCACAAUUUGCUGGCCCUGGCCAACUACUUCCCUCGCAUCUUACCCUGGGUGGAGUGGUUUGUCUUCGGCUUGCAGUAUGGGUUCAAGGAAGAGACUAGGGUCACGGAAGCCGUGGAGCCAGCUCGCGAGGGCCUGCUCAUGAACUGUCUUUACUCGCAGUUCGUCAAUGAGUGGGCUCUGCCGUUGGAGAAGGGCCCGGAGGCCAUCACCCGGCUCUCGGCUUGGUUAAAUGGCGAUGUUGAAACGGCACGUAUCCCAUUCUCGGUUGAGGGGCUCUGGGUGCAUUGUCCGAUCGAAGUCAGAGUUGCGGAUUCUACGCUCAAUAAGAACCCUCGUCCUUUCCUUGAUCCUAGUUGCUCCGACGGGCCGACCCUGUAUCUAAAUGCAACUCUCUAUCGUCCUUACCAUCGGGAUCCUCCCUGCACCGCUCGCUACUACGAGGCUUUUGAGUGGCUUAUGCGUGAGAUGGGAGCCAGACCGCACUGGGCCAAGAACUUUGUUGCAACGCGCGAUGAGCUGAGGCAGCUGUACGGUGACGGCAUGGACAGCUGGAUGAAGGUGCGUCAGGAUGUUGACCCGAACGGUAUGUUCUUGGGCGAGUGGCACCAUCGUAAUCUGGACUUGUCUGUUGGUGACUCAAAGGCUACGGAAGAAGAUCUCCCUCUCCUGGAACGGGAGAGGACUCGCCGGAAGGCAGGUGUCCGUGGGGCGGGUGACGGCGUGGAGUGGUUUGGUGACAAGCGUUGGCAAACGAAGCAAGCUGUAUCCUUGUCCCUCGUUGAAAAGGAGCGGCCGUUUACUUCGGUGGAGAGCACAGGUCUGAGUCCUCCCACAACAGCAGCUAGUGAUGAAAGUUUCGACCUUCUUGCAUCUGGUGAGGCUAGUAUUGUUCUCCCUGAUCGCCACUUGUGAGUCCCCAGGAUCAGGAAUUCUGAGUUAGGGAGAAGCAAACGACUAUAAGCGCGGUAACCGCUGCUGAUCAAGGGUGGUGGGACAAAAUGAGUAAGCCAAUAGCUUCGGUGGGCUGGUGAUCACCUUGAACAAUUUUAUGUACUUUUCAUUGUAUAUUCCUGCCUUUGAUG